AUGACCAUCCUCCAUAAGCACCUUCGAGACCUUGGUGGUGAUGCUAAGCUUGAUAACAUCGUCCUAAUCGGCCAUAGCCUCGGUGGCUUGAUAUGUGAGGACUACUGCCGAUCUCGACGUUGUGCCAUGCUAGCCCAGGAUCGCAAUGCAGAGCCUGUCCCGAUUGGAGGAGUCGUCUGUAUCUGUUCUCCCUUCGACGGGGCCAAGGUUGUGUCUCUUAUCCCACCAGAGCUCCGUCACGGCAUCCAUCUAUCCUUGCAUCGGAAGCACAGUACACUACUACGAGACAUCCAUGAUGACCACCAACGUACCAGCAGCAAACAGAGAAGAGAGGACUGCAGUAUCUCCCCUUCUCCCGUGCCGAGAUCCCCAACCAGCGUUUUCUCUCCUAAACGAGAGUAUACCAACGCGGCGUUGUUGUUCGUGUGGAUUCGGCAUCUAUUGUGCAUGGCCAUCUGGGGAGAGGACUGGAAGGAGGAACAUCCGCCUAUACCAGGCGAGGACAAAUUGGCUGAGCUCAGCUUACCCCUUACCACAACCGAGAUGUCCGAGAGUGAUAUUAAAAUGCGGACAGAUACGGUUACAGGCUUUACCCCUAACGAUGGUCAUCCGACUGGACUUGCCAUGUCCUUCCAUAGAAUGCACAUGCACGCCGUUUGGGAUGCCUUCUCGGGGACUAGACUGCGCAAGGUCUUGGAUUCAGCAGGCGAAGGAGAUGCUGAGAGCAGUACUCGACAGCCUCUGAAAACUAGAGUCACGGUUUCUACCAGUGGCAAACUGACGGAUGGUAGGCACGGCUGGAGCUUCUGA